AAGAAAGAAAGGAAACGUUAAUGUUGUCUAACUGGCAGUAUUUAUUUAUUUUUUUCAUCUCUUCAGUGUCUGAUCUGAGUGAUUUUCACAUUGGAUCGCCCCCUGUUGGCAGCUUUGGCGCGAUGACAUGCUGGGUAGAGCUUCAAAUGACUGAAAUUUACUGUGGGUGUUUACUAAGUGAAGUUUGUGGGAGUGUCUGGAGCUGAGUUUCUGUUUCAUUUCCUAUGCAGCAUAGGUAUGAAUGCAAGAGCUUAAACAAAAGCUGCUCAGAGAAUUCAGGUGUUUUUUCAUUUAUUUGGAAAUACUGAAUGGAGAGAAAAAGAACUCGCUCAGGACUCUUUUCAGAGGAAGAACAAGAUAGGGACAGGCGAUCUAGCCAAAGGUUUACAAAGAGAAUCAGAUAUAAUGAAGAUGACUAUGAAUAUGUGGAGGAGGAAGAAGAGGAGGAAGUGCAGGAGGAUAAUGAGCAGCCAGGCCCAUCCACCCAGUACACCCCCACCUACACGACACAAGAAAAAAGAUUCUUGCCUGUAACCUGUGGAACUAAAAAGGGCAUCAUGGAUGUCAACAAGCUGAGCAGAGGUGAAGAGUGUAUUGAGUCUGAGGGUGGUCAGUUUGCUCCGCCUGCCUUUGAGGACUUUGGGGGGAAAGGCCCAAGUAAAAAAUGGAAAACAAGUAUUUUCCUUGGAAAUAAGCCUCUGCAGUUUUGGUUUGAGCAAGGUUUCUUAACCACUAAGGGAUAUAAAAAGAGAGGAAAUGAGACUGCAAAGCGUAGGCGAAUCCUGUCAUCAGAUAGUGAAUCAGAGAGCUCUUCUGAAGAGUCAGAAAUAAGCCUACAAACUGCUGAAGAAACUGUGGAAGAUCAUGUUAAAGAUGAAGACCUGGAUCCAGGCAGUGAGGAAUUGGCACAUGAUACACAGGAGGAAGAGGAGGAAGAAAGGGUAGGGGAUGAAAAUGGAGGAGAGGUUGUAGAAGAGAAAGAUAAAAUGGAAAAGGAUAUUCCUGCUAAUGCUGAUAACGACAGUGAAGAGAGUGAAACAAAAUCGAUCAUUUCAGCUGCGAAAAAAAGUGCAUUGCAAACGAUACUGCAAGUUCUCGUCAAGAGGUUGCCAGAGAUGUCAGACCCACCUGUCAUUGGAGGUAUUAAGGAAGAAAAUGGAGAGGAGUUCAGUGAGCAUGUCUUACUAAGUAAUGAUAGUGAAGAAGAUGAACAGAGAGAAAUCAAAACUGAAGCUGUGAAUUCUUCACCAUCAGCUCCCCCAUCGUUAGAUAUCAAACCUGCUGACAAAGACAACUUGCAGGGACCAGAAGUCGGAGAGUUGGACGCAGGGCAUUGUGGAGAGAAGGAAGAAGAAUGGAGGAAAAGAGCAGUGGGGCUUGCAAUGCAGAGAUCGCUGUCAGAAUGUUUUGAAGACUGCGACAGUGCAAAUAAUGACCAUCUUGACAUGCCAAAAUCUGAAGACAGCGGUCAAGCCAUUGCAAAUGAAAAUAUCAGCGAUGCAAACACAUCACUCAUAGGAGGUUUUAAAGAAGAAAGCGUGGAGGCGAUGAGUGUUGACCCAUCCAUUAUACCUGCGAGUGUGCUGGUUAAGUGCACAAGUGAGAACUCAGGACGUACAGAUGUCAUCAUCUCUGGCCAUAAUGCAGCACAAUUAGAAGAGCUGGAGCAAGUGGAAAGGUGUUGCCAAACAGUCCAAUUAUCAUAUGUGUUGGAGGGACCAUGCUCUGGGCCCUCCGCUGACUGUGAUCUGGAUGCGAUGGACCUUGAUCAGCUGAAGAAAAAGAAAAUAAAAAUGCAGUUGAAAGUCUUGAAGUUACAAGAAGAAUACUAUGCCCUGAAAAUUAGGAGAUAUAAACAAUGAAAUCAUUGCACUGUAACAUAUUUUAACAGCAAGCAAUUAUUAUUAUUGUCAACUUAAAAAAAUUCCCUGUGUCUGGCUCUACCACAGUGGCAGAGCAAUCUACUUACUAUAAACUGCUCAAGAUCAAAUUUUGGUGGUGAGUUUUAAAUAAAUUUGACAUGUUUUUAAAUGGUGCGUUUCUAGCAUGCAAUCCCAACACACCCUUCUCUGAAAUGUGCAUUCCUUCGCCUGAAUGAACACUAUUUCCCAGUAACUUUUUUACACUGCCAGGCCGGGUGUAACUCGCAAACAAUGCCUAAAAUUUAAUUUUAAAAAACAGGUUGAGAUAGCUGUGAACUUUACUUUAAAAGUAGCCCAUAUGGUAAUUUCCUGCAAUAAGAUAAUAAAAUGUUUUUACAUUAAUAAUUGGGAUACUCAGAAAUCGAUGUGAAUGCCACUACAUAUAUAUUUUGAUCUAUAUGCUGCACUACAUGACUUGGUGCGUCUUGUUAUACAAAUGAAUAUACCAAAUAAUGAAGUUGAUGCACUUCC